UGUUUACCUAAUAGUGAAGAAACACUGACAAAAAUUACGGGGAAUCUCUCGUAGCUCAGUUAUUAAAGGAAAGAUUUCAAUUAUGAAAACACCACUCGUUAGCUUAUCUUUCCGUUAACGUAACUGUAUAGACACCACCAAUGUGAUUCAAAUACAAAGCAUUAAAAUUUACAUUUAUUCACACGAAGGAAACACAGAUUUCAUUUUACCACUCACGACGGCGCCACACAGCGCUAGGUGUCCUCCACGAGGUGCAGUAAAAUUUAGUAUAAUGCCGGCUGACGGGCCGGCAGGGCACAACUCACCUAGCACUGACUAGUACAGCACGCAACGCAGCACAUCCAUCCAGACGAUUUAAGAAGAAAUAUGGCCGAGAAGAAAACUACCAAGCCGAAGACCCCACCAGCUCACCCGAAGUACAGCGACAUGGUGGCAUCUGCUGUGGGAAGUCUGAAGGAACGUGGAGGCUCGUCCCGCCAGGCGAUAUUGAAGUACAUCAUGGCUAACUUCAAAGUCGGUACUGACGCCAAGGCAAUCAAUGCACAUUUGAAGAUCGCCCUCCGCAACGGAGUGAAGAAGGGGGCCCUAAAACAGUCCAAGGGUACCGGAGCUGCCGGAUCAUUCAAACUCGGAGAGAAGCCUAAACCAGCUAAGAAACCAGCAGCGAAGAAGGUGACUAAGCCGAAAGCAGCAAAGCCUAAGAAACCAGUAGCGAAGAAGGCGACCACAUCGGCGACGGCUAAGAAACCAAAGGCAAAGACACCCAAGAAAACAGCAGCUAAGAAAACUGUAGAGAAGAAGAAACCGGCAGCAAAGAAAGCCACCAAGCCUAAGACUCCGAAGAAAAAGGUCACUAAGUCUCCAAAGAAAGCCAAGACCACUAAGCCUAAGGCAGCCAAGAAGUGAAGAAGUAGAUCGUCUACUACCCGAAGAAAACAUAAACAGUCCUUUUCAGGACUACCCAACUUUCUCAAAAAGUUCCCCGGUUACGUAUCGAAAAAAUUACGCUACCCAUCCCCGCCCCACCCCCUCCAUAUACAUGUAUCAUCAAUCGCCAAGACACAAUGUCAUUGUUCUAGGUGGUCUUCUAUGACGUCAUCAACAAGAUCGAUUUGUGACGUCAUAAUUGUACGGGAGACAAAUACAAAAGAAACUUAAUAGAAUUUGUAAUAAAGCGCGCUACGCGAUUUCAUAUAUAUCGAUAACCGGACACUGAUUUCAUGUAAUCUAUAUCAAUAUAUAUCCCUUCAUACAGGCCGACCCCUCGAGAUAUA